CGGAGCACGCCUCUCCUCUGGCCGGAGCGGCGACACCCCAGGCGGCCCGGGACUCGGUUGUGGGAGGGAUGGUGGCGGCGGGGCGCGGGCCAGCGCAGCCGCCCCCGCCUCCCGCCCAGCCGCCGGCGCUGUGAGUCCCGGCUGCGCGCCGGGCAUGCGGCUGCGGCCCCUGGCCCCGGCCGCACGUCCCCGCGGACUUAGUCGCCCGCGCCGCCGCUGAGGCCGGCACCCCACCAUGCCGCGGGCCCCGGCGCCCCUGUACGCCUGCCUCCUCGGGCUCUGCGCGCUCGUGCCCAGGAUCCCAGGUCUCAACAUCUGCACUAGUGGAAGUGCCACCUCCUGUGAAGAAUGCCUGCUAAUCCAUCCCAAAUGUGCCUGGUGCGCCAAAGAGGACUUUGGCAGCCCACGGUCCGUCACCUCCCGGUGUGACUUGGAGGCAAACCUAGUCAGAAAUGGCUGUGGAGGCGAGUUUGAGAGCCCGGCCAGCAGCACCCGGGUCCUGAGGAGCCUGCCUCUCAGCAGCAAGGGCUCCGGUGCUGUGGGCUCCGAUGUCAUUCAGAUGACUCCGCAGGAGAUCGCCAUGAACCUGCGGCCCGGCGACAAGACUGCCUUCCAGCUGCAGGUCCGACAGGUGGAAGAUUACCCCGUGGACUUGUACUACCUGAUGGACCUCUCCCUGUCCAUGAAGGAUGACCUGGACAAUAUCCGGAACCUGGGCACCAAGCUCGCCGAGGAGAUGAGGAAGCUCACCAGCAACUUCCGGCUGGGGUUUGGGUCUUUUGUAGACAAAAACAUCUCUCCUUUCUCCUACACAGCACCGAGGUACCAGACCAAUCCGUGCAUUGGUUACAAAUUAUUCCCAAACUGCGUCCCCUCCUUUGGGUUCCGCCAUCUACUGUCUCUCACAGACAGAGUUGACAGCUUCAACGAGGAAGUUCGGAAGCAGCGAGUGUCCCGGAACCGUGAUGCCCCCGAGGGGGGCUUUGACGCAGUUCUCCAGGCAGCGGUCUGCAAGGAGAAGAUCGGCUGGCGACAGGACGCACUGCACCUGCUGGUGUUCACGACAGACGACGUGCCCCACAUUGCACUGGAUGGAAAACUGGGGGGCCUGGUGCAGCCGCACGAUGGCAAGUGCCACCUGAAUGAGGCCAGCGAGUACACCGUGUCCAACCAGAUGGACUACCCAUCCCUUGCCUUGCUUGGAGAGAAACUGGCAGAGAAUAACAUCAAUCUCAUCUUUGCAGUGACGAAAAACCACUACAUGCUUUACAAGAAUUUUACAGCCCUGAUACCUGGAACAACUGUGGAGAUUUUACAUGGAGACUCCAACAAUAUUAUUCAGCUGAUUGUCAAUGCAUACAGUAGCAUCCGGUCUAAAGUGGAGCUGUCCGUCUGGGAUCAGCCUGAGGACCUUAAUCUCUUCUUCACUGCUACCUGCCAGGACGGUGUCUCUUACCCAGGUCAGAGAAAGUGUGAGGGCCUGAAGAUCGGGGACACGGCGUCCUUUGAGGUGUCGGUGGAGGCCCGGAGCUGCCCAGGCAAACAAGCAGAGCACCUGUUCACGCUGCGGCCCGUGGGGUUCCGGGACAGCCUGGAGGUGAGGGUCACCUACAGCUGUAAGUGCGACUGCAGCUCGGGGCUGGAGCCAGGCAGCACCCGAUGCAGUGGGAACGGGACCUACGUCUGCGGCCUGUGCGAGUGCAGCCCCGGCUCCCUGGGCACCAGGUGCGAGUGCCAGGAAGGCGAGAGCCGGAGCGGGGACCAGAACCGGUGCCGGGAAGCAGAGGGCAAGCCCCUGUGUAGCGGGCGCGGGGAGUGCAGCUGCAACCAGUGCUCUUGCUUCGAGAGCGAGUUUGGGAAGAUCUACGGGCCCUUCUGCGAGUGCGACAACUUCUCCUGUGCCAGGAACAGAGGCGUGCUCUGCUCAGGCCAUGGCGACUGUCACUGCGGGGAAUGCAAGUGCCAUGCAGGUUACAUCGGGGACAACUGUAACUGCUCAACAGACAUCAGCACAUGCCAGGCCCGGGAUGGUCGGAUCUGCAGCGAACGGGGCCAUUGUGUCUGCGGCCGGUGCCAGUGCACAGAGCCAGGAGCCUUCGGGGAGACAUGCGAGAAGUGCCCGACCUGCCCCGAUGCUUGCGGCAGCAAGAGAGACUGUGUUGAGUGCCUGCUUCACUUAGGCAGCCCAGCUGACAACCAGACCUGCCAGAACGUGUGCAAGGACCAGGUGGUCACACGGGUGGACACCCUCGUGAAAGAUGACCAGGAGGCCAUGCUUUGUUUCUACAAAACCGCCAAGGAUUGUGUCAUGAUGUUCACCUACACAGAGCUUCCCAGUGGCAGGACCAACCUGACGGUCCUCAGGGAGCCAGAGUGUGGAACCGCCCCCAAUGCCAUGACCAUCCUCCUAGCCGUGGUUGGCAGUAUCCUCCUGAUUGGGAUAGCGCUCCUGGCCAUCUGGAAGCUGCUCGUCACCAUCCAUGACCGGAGAGAGUUUGCAAAGUUCCAGAGUGAGCGAUCCAGGGCCCGCUAUGAAAUGGCUUCCAACCCUCUGUACAGAAAGCCCAUCUCCACACACACUGUGGAUUUCUCCUUCAACAAGUUCAACAAAUCCUACAAUGGCACAGUGGACUGACAGCUCCUUCUCCUCAGAGGGAGGAGGGGCUAAUGAUAAAGUCAGAGUGACACGCUUUGGACAGCUGCUCAACUUGAUCACAGCUCCCUAGAUGGACAGCAGAGACCUUCCGGUGAGCCUGGGCAAGGAGCCCAUUGCCUACACAGGAAGGCAGCUGGCCACACCGCCUGGCUGCUGGGCCAGGGCCACACUAGGUGGCCACCUUCCAAGCCCAGGAAAGGCUGGGGUGCUUGGCGCUCUCAGCUUGCCCACAUCCAGCUUGUCUCAGUGAACUGCUGAGGGGCUGGGCUGCCUCCUCUUCCUUUGGGGUGGGCAGGGCCUCCAGUCUGGCCGGAGGAGAAGGCUCGUGGGAGUGUGAGAGUAAGACCAACAGUCUGGCUUUCCUCGUGUUGAUCGUUUUCAUAUGAAAUAAAAGGUCAUGCAUUUAUGGUUUAGUUCUGAAUCCUGAAAAUUGCCCUAUGUCUGUCCUUGCACAUGGAUUUUGGUGAUGGGAUCAUUGAGACCCUCUUUGAAGGCACAGAGUUCGCAAAUGUCAGUUUUCCUCACCUGUCUGUGUUUGUUCAGUACUUUGUAAUGAAAAGGAAAGAGAUUGGUAUUGAAAGUAAACUUUAAACCCAAA